UUUGCAUUUUGAGCGGACGACCGUCAUCAAUACAAUCUACACUUUUUGAGAAACUUCCGUCGCUUGACUAUAGCUAGCAGCAAUCCUUCUCCUCAUGUACACUUUCAUGUAGUACUAUGGACGAUUCUCCCCCAACGCACACAUACCACUCACCACCGUCCCCUGUCGUCGUACAGCUCAUCACAGUAACCGCAGCAGAUUCCUCAGGUCUACCAACCAAGUCCGUUUACCAUUUACUCGGCGAUGGCUCAGUCGUAGCACCCCCACUCUUCAACGACCUUUCUACUACUUAUCUCGCCCUCAUCAUCAUGGCAUCCAUCUUCACCAUAUUCGCAAGGAAUAUAAUUCUAUCAGCUGCAUUCUUAUGGUCAGGCAGAGUUCGCAAGAAGAGUCUCUUGUACACUCUAUUCCUCAGUCAACUUCUCGCACCUGUCUCCAUCUUACCCUUGCUUAUCGCCCAAUUCAACCCCAAUUUCGAUUGCAAACUCAUCAUGCGCAUCACGGUCGCUAGUGCAGGAAUAUCUUUAUCUUUAUUGAUAUCCGGUAUUCUAGGCGUAAAGGCUUACCGAUGUCUAGACAACUCUCGCUUAGUUCUAGUCGUCUUGGUUGCACUCAGGACUGCUGCAAUUGUUUUCCUCGCUCUUGAUCUUGCAUCACUUAACAGUUUUCGCAGCCUUGCAGGCCGCUGCUAUCGACCAUCUAAUCCCAUCCCAUAUGCUUUCAUAAUACUUUUAUUCGUCGAAUCGCUAUUCAUCUGUCUUUGCUUUCUUUAUGCUGUCUGGAAAUCACAUGGUUCCGCCGUCCGGGGCAGAAUUACUGUAUCACUCUCUCUUGACGACGUCCCAGAUCCCCAUCUAGACACCCGAAAAGAGAGCAUCGAGAGUCACAAGACUACUCACAGUCGCCGCGGCUGGUGGGACUAUGUUCCUACCGUAGAUAAUCCUCCAUUUUCCCAAAGAUCUCGUAGAACUCAGUCUCUCUCCCGUGACUCGAGCAUUCCCAUGGGCGGUCUUUCCAAGUUUCGCACUGGUGAAAGAGUGCGUGAUCCGGAGAAUGUCCCCUCUAGACCGCCCAUCCCUCUACUGCCUACAGAACCUCCUCCCAUUCGUACAUCCACAAUCCACGUUUCCACCACACUUCCAAAUACUUGCAAUGAUGUCCCAAUUCCUCGUCGGCCCUCUUCCCCUGCCAUCUCGUCCAUAAGUCGCAUAAGUCGAUAUAUGCCUCGAGUAGGCUUAUUCUAUACCACCUUCAUCACCGCUUCCACCGUCGCUUCGGUCAUAAUGACUAUAGUCGGUGUUAACAGCUCGAGCCCAGCCGAUCACGUAGCUUGGAUGGCCUUUGACUGGGCCUUGAUUUCGUGUCUUGUGAUCCACAGUUUUAGUCGCGUCAUUCGCCGCCACGAAAACGAAGCCCUACUACAGCAGCCUAGCGCUUCGCAUCAUACUUUGCGUACAGACCGCAGUACCGCGGAACUUUUAGCGGAGGGGAGGGUAAGAGCUCCUAGGUCUUCAUUUGGACGCUCAUUCCAAGUGCGCACCCGGCGCUGUCCGACGAAUUGUCGAUACGAUGCCGAAGCUCUACGCGACUCCACAACCUCCCGUUCCCUGCGAGGAGAUCCUCAUUCCAACGCAUUAUCUCCCCACCCAGUCGAAACCCACCCUAAUACCUUCCUACCCACUCAUCCAUCCACGCCUGAAGUCGAUUAUUUCCCUGAUGACAUUUCAUCUUGUCAUAGAAGCGAUACGAAACUCACGGAGAGGGUUUUCUUGGGGCAUCAAUAUAAUGAUAGUUUACCUAGUUUAUCACCACGUCCUGAUCUGGACAACCAACCUUCAUUACAAGUUAAUCAUAUUGUAACAUAGACAUUGCAUCUCCAAUUCACUUGCACUGCUAUUAAGCUGAGCUGAUGAAGUCACUGACAGUCGUCAUGUGUCACAAAUGCAUAAUGCAAGCGUCGUUACUUUGUGCAACAGUUCUUUCUGAUACUUUUGCUGUUUUGGCAGUCAGAGACUCUUGGGUGAAUGCACG